CAAGAAUCUACCACAGUGAGCACAAAACUACAUUGAGAGAUGUCCUGUAAGCCGAGGACUGCUUCUUGCCCCGCAGAAGAAUCACACAUCAUCGCUAACAAAUGGUCCAGCGUCAAAGCAAGCCUCCGAGCCACAGGCAGCAGAGAACUCAGAUCAAGACAUGAUGGAGAUACCCGAUUCUCCCCCUGAGCAACAUAUCAUGUUCUCGCCGACAAAUAUCUCCCAAGCACAAGGCUCCCAGCAAGCAGCAAACCCCGCUCGCACCAACGGCGACAAUAGUGCUAAGGUUAACUUUGGCGCUCCUGGAUCCAGCUGGCAAACCAAGAAGUUCAACGACGAGUACGAGAGAGCUGAGAGCCAGCUUCUAGAUCGUAACUGGGACCAUAGUGAGUGCAAUUCUAUCCGGUUGAGGUGGGAAGACUACUAA